AUCCCAGCAUCUCAGCUCUUCAACUUCCACACCCCUCGCACCAGCUCAGACGACCCCAUGCUGAGUCCUACACUGCAGACCGCUCCCACAUGCCCCUGCACGGACACGGGAGAGGGGGGAGGGGGGAGGCAGGGGGGGAGAGGGAGAGGUGGAGGGGGAGGGGGCAGAGAGGGGAGGGGGAGCGGGAGGGGAGUGAGUGACGGUGAUGCUAUGGCAGCGAGUAUUGAGUUGGCGAUGGUGGAUGCGGCACUCCGGGAGUCAGCUGCUGCUGCUGCUGCUGGGGCGUGGGCAGGAGGGGUAGCAGGGGCGGAAGCAGCGUUGAAGCCUUCCCUUCCCUCUCCGCCGCCUCCGCGAAUGCUAGGGGAGGUGUUGAGAGCAGCGGUGAUGGCAGUGGUACCGCUGGGGUGCUGGUGGUACUGGUGGUACUGGUGGUGCUGGUGGGUAUGCGGACAGGGCGCUUUCAGGGGCUACACCAGGGGCGGUGGUGGACACCCUGUUUCCUCGCUGCCCAAUGCUGCCGGGGCUGGGAGGAAGAAGAACAAGGGCAGGCAAUGGGCGGCAGCCGGAGCGGGAAUCGGCACGUCAGCAGGUGCAGCAGGCAGCAGCAGCGGCAGCAGGGCGAAUUCAGCAGCAGCGGGUGGUGGCCGACCAUGGCAGCAGUUCUCAUGAGUGAUCCGGGCUGGAGCAGCAUCACUAACCGGGGCGUUACAGC